AUGACCAUGUCCAGACUCCUAUCUCUGGCAUUACUGCUAGUAUCAGCCACGGCUAUCGAUCCUCCGAGGCAACCGCAUCAACCACUUGGAGGAGGCGACAGGCGUCUAACGUACAACGAGACUACACCAACUGCCCGCAACACCGCCACUUCUCAGUCAGUAUCCUGGAUCUCAGGAGACGAAGAUGGCCAAUACGUCCUGGUCUCUGGGGGCGCACUGGUCUUCAGAAGCAUAGCUAGUGGCGCCAACAGCACGUUCGUAGCUGCCGACAAAGUGCCUGCAGACUACCAUGCAUACACCAUCAGUCCUGAUCAGCAGCGAGUGCUGUGGGCGACCAACUACACCAAGCAGUAUCGCCAUUCCUACUUCGCCAACUACCUCAUUCAGGAUGUUGAAACUGGGGAUACUACACCACUCGUGGAUGACCAGGUCGGCGACAUUCAGUAUGCCGAGUUUGCACCCGCGGGGAAUGCUAUCGCCUUUGUGAGGGGCAACAACAUGUUCAUCAACAACAACGGCGAGAUCACGCAGGUGACAUCUGAUGGCGGACCAGACCUAUUCCACGGAGUACCUGACUGGGUCUACGAAGAAGAGAUCUUCGGAGAUCGCAAGACAUUCUGGUUCAGCCCGGAUGCAGAAUACAUCGCCUUCCUGAGCAUGAACGAGACAGGCGUGGAGACUUUCACGAUCCCAUACUACAUGAACGACCAGGAAGUGGCACCGCAAUACCCUCGUGAAUUGGACCUUCGCUACCCAAAAGUCGGAUCGACCAACCCAACAGUUGACUUCAACAUGCUCGAGGUGGCGUCAAACACUAUUCGCAACGUCCCGAUCACUGCGUUCGAACGUGACGACCAGGUAGUUGGAGAAGUUGCGUGGGUUACUGAGGAUCAUUCAGCUGUCAUCUACCGCGUGUUCAAUCGUGUGCAAGAUCUAGACAAGCAUGUAUUGGUCGAUCCCGUUGCAGGAACCUCGCAGGUUGUCCGCGAGCGAGACGGCACCGAUGGCUGGCUCGACAACACGCUGGCGAUACAAUACAUCGGAGCGAUUGGAGGCAGUGGUAAUGCCACGAACGGGACUUACCAGAACGCAACUACAUCUACCGAUGCCUACUACGUAGAUGAGUCCGACGAGAGCGGCUGGAUGCACAUCUACCUCCACUCUGUCACAGGCGGCGAAGCCAAAGCCCUUACGUCUGGAGAGUGGGAAGUUACCUCAAUCCUCAAAGUCGACACAACCCGCCAAUUGAUCUACUAUCUUUCCACCGAACACCACAGCACGGAACGCCAUCUCUACUCCAUCAACUACUUCACUGGCGAGAAGACGGCCCUCGUAGACGACUCAGUCCCCGCCUACUGGUCCGCCUCCUUCUCCUCAAAAGGCGACUACUACAUCCUCUCCUACCAAGGCCCCGACGUCCCCUACCAAGAAGUCUACAGCGUCAACUCCACCACCUCCCCCCUUACUGUCUUAACUUCCAACGCCGGCUUGGUAGCCAACAUCAGCACCCUCGCCCUCCCAAACAUAACCUACUUCGAGCUCCCCCACCCCGACGGCUACAGCCUAAACGUAAUGCAACGCCUCCCGCCCAACUUCGACCCCACCAAAAAGUACCCAGUCCUCUUCACGCCCUACGGCGGCCCAGGUGCCCAGGAGGUCUCCAAAUCCUUCAAAACUCUGACCUGGCGCGCCUACAUCUCCUCAGACCCCGAACUCGAAUACAUCACCUACACGAUCGACAACCGCGGCACAGGCUACAAAGGUCGCGCCUUCCGCAGCACCGUUACCGGCCACCUCGGCCGCUUGGAGCCCCUGGACCAAAUCUGGGCAGCGGAACAACUCAUGGCCCAGAACUCCUUCAUCGACGCCGAGAAAGUGGGCAUGUGGGGCUGGUCUUUCGGUGGGUACUUGACCGCCAAAGUCCUCGAGCAAAACUCCAACGUCUUCUCCCUCGGCCUCAUCACGGCGCCCGUCUCCGACUGGCGUUUCUACGACUCCAUGUAUACGGAGCGCUACAUGAAGCGGCUAGAAGACAACGAGGCGGGCUACAACGAGACUGCCGUGCGGGACGUGGAUGGGUUUAAGAAUGUCCGAGGCGGGUUUGCGGUUAUGCAUGGGACGGGGGAUGAUAAUGUGCAUUAUCAGAAUUCUGCUGCGUUGGUGGAUUUGUUGGUGGGGGGUGGGGUGGGGCCGCAGAAGAUGGAGAUGGUGGCGUUUACGGAUAGUGAUCAUGGGAUUGUGUAUAAUGGGGCCAGGGCGUGGAUUUAUCGGUUUUUGACGGGGAGGUUGUGGGAGGAGAGGGAGAGGGAGAGUGGGGGGUUGGUUGUGCAGCAUCAGUGGAGUAGGAGGGAGGUUGUUGUUUGA